AUGGGUGAAGUUUCCAUCCAAGAAAAGGUGCUGCGGUAAGUGUGUAGUCCGUCCAUGUUUGGAGAGAAAUGGAGUAUUUUCAGGAGUUCCAUAUGCCACACCAGUAUCAGAGAUCACUACGUUAUCCUUGUCCCGGAAAGCGGGAUUUUCAUGGCCGGUCAGUUCAAAUUCCAAUGCUUAUAUGGGGAUGUUGAUGUGAGUGGAUUCAAAGCCGAAGGCGCUACCUAUGAUCCGGAGGGAUUUCAUUAUGUAGCCGUCCAUAAUAUGGGGAAUGUCCCUAUUUUAUUCAAACCAUACAAAGCUGUCAAAUUGAACAUGGAAUUGUUAAAAGAGAGAUUAAAGGCUGUGAUGGAGAGUGUCUCAGAUGAAAUUACCCAGAAUAUUACCUCAUAUGGAGGCAGUAUCGCCGUUUUGUUGGUGAAUGUGAAGAUCGAUUUCAGUGUUUCGUAUCUUAUGGAUAGAUUGGGUGAUGUAAGUGAUGAGUUAAGGUUCAUAUCUUGCGUAAUUUAGAUAUUCCGACCGACAGACCGAUACAAACGAGUGAGAAUCGCGAGAGAAGCUUACAUCGUCUACGAACAUCUGAAUAAUAUGAAGGUUUGGACAUACCCUGAGGUCACAAUCGAUGAGAGUCAGCUAAGUGGAAUAAUAAAUAAAGUGAAGCAGAACAGAUGGAGAGAGACAAUUGUACUAACAGGAGCGAAGGGAGUCGGAAAAUCAACUAUCGGCAGAUUUUUACUCAACAAGUUUGUCAAAUUGUAAGUACAGGGUGUUUCAAGAAAUUCCCCGGAAAGUAAUUGCCGAUUUCUCGGCGCUCAGUCAAGUUAUCCAAAAAAUUUAUUUUGCAUGAUAAAGAAGAAUACGGGCGGUUUUUUGCCUGUGAAAAUCAUUUUCUCCGCCAACGCGGAAAGCAGGGUGUUCGGCGGAGACUUUUGGGCACUUUUUUGGUCAUCACAUCCAUCUAAAAAGCUUAUUUGUGGUUUCUGAUGGUUGAAAUGAGGAUUUUUGCUAAUUUUUGUGUUUAUCAAGCGUUCGGCGAAGGUACGGAAGCUGCUCGCCGUCUUAACUCAGCUAUGGACAAGAAAUGGCCCAACACAAUUCUUACGGUCUGGCAAUCGUUCUCUGCAGGUGUCGUAAACCCUCAAAUAUUUUGUCGCCAAGCCUUGUUAGACGUUUAGCCAUCGAGAAACGACUUGGUUCACUGGAAAACAACAAAAUAUUUAUCGUUUAAAUUUCUCUUUGCCAUGCUGUUCCAAACAUCCGCACGGUGCGCUCCAACUUUAUCGACGUUGCAGCGACUGCAUUGCACCGUGCAGUUGCUAAAUCGGAUCGCAUAGCAUUGUAGCCGGCCAUCUAUCCAUCGUGCAAAAAAUUUAAAGACUUUCUGGAUGCUUCAGUGCCGCAAUAAAGCAUUAAAAAUUCGUGUGAUGACCAAAAAAGCGCCCAAAAGUCUCCGCCGAAUACACUGCUUUCCGCGUUGGCGGAGAAAAUGAUUUUCAUAGGCAAAAAACCGCCCGUAUUCUUCUUUAUCAUGCAAAAGAAAUUUUUUGGAUAACUUGACUGAGCGCUAAGAAAUCGACGAUUACUUUCCGGGGAAUUUCUUGAAACACCCUGUAUAUCUGAAAAAUGCGAAAAUUAUUGCUGUAAAUUCUUUACUAUUUUGACUAUUAUAGAGGCAGACCCCUCUAUUUAUACGACGGGGAUCUCGGACAAGCCGAAUUAACUCCAAUGGGAUGCCUUUCGAUCAACAGAAUUACCAAACCUAUCUUCAGUAGGCUUAUUUUGUAUAUAUUUGGCUGAACCAAGUAUAAUACUGGGCUAUUUUGGAUACUAAACUUGCAGGUCUUCCAUUUCUCCAUCAGCCAACGUAUUUUGAAGACGAGUGUAUUUUUAUGGGAUCGUUGUCACCAGGAUCAGAGCCCCAUGUCUAUCGAAAGCUAACCCAUUAUCUUGUCCAUCGAUUGGAAUCUCUGAUCGAAUCGGAUGCUAUUUUGAUUGUAAAUACAAUGGGAUGGAUCGAUGGUAAGUUUAACAUGCAAUAAUAUUUAUUUAAACACGGUUUCAGGUUUGGGAAGAGAUCUCAACUUGGAAUUGAUUGCGUCCGUCCGACCUACAGUAAUCUUGAAUUUCGACGGUCCCACUACUUUCAAUGUAAACUUAAUUUUCGUUUUAAAGUGUUAAUUGUAGCUGAGAGAUCCCCGAAUUCCUGACAGCACUCAUAUUUACAAAUAUUGCCCGCCAAGUCGUCCAAAGUGAGAAUUAUUUCACAUCUCUCAUGGUGAAUAUAAAUUUUAGUUUCAAAUCAAGUCAAGACGUGACUGCACCGGCAUGGAGAGAUUAUACAAUGACUGGAUACCUCGCGAAUUGUCUCAAUGAUGAGAAAUUGGGAAAACUGGAGAUCAAUCGGACCCUGGCCAACGUUAUGGCCAGACAAGUCAGCUUCAAUCGAGUGGGCAUCUUUAUUCAUCCAGAACGAGGAAGAAUCGCCGAGAGUAUGAUCCUAAAUGCACUCAACUGCUCGGUAGUAGCGCUGUGUAAACUUGUUUAUCAGCAAGAAGGAAAUGUAAGACUAUUUUUGCAUGUGUAACACUUAUAAAUUAAAAGACGAUUUCUGAUUCGUCGAAUCAGCACAUUGUAAAAAAAUGGUAUCCUGAUGAAGAUUUUGGGAAAAAUAUUGUUCAAUUUUGCUUACAAUUAGGACUUUACAACAGCCAUUUUGAUACAAAAAAACUCAAAGUCGAUUUUUUCGUAUGUCUACGCCUAGCUGACAGAUGCACUGACUCAGCGAUCGUCUUUUAAGGUGAUUACUAGUAAUUAGUAAUGAAAUUGCAGAAGGUUAAUACAGUCCGUGUCAACCAAGACCCCUCUCUGCCCCCAAUCCUCUACCCAAACCCCUUGGACCCCCCAAUGCUGAGAUGUUUUGGCUUCGGAUUAAUUCGAUCAAUAUCCCCAGAAUUAAAGCGCUAUUACGUAAUCACCCCAGUCCCAGCCGAAGUCUGUAGUCAGGUGGAAGUCUUCGCUUUGGGAGACAGGAUUAACACUCCGAAAUAUGUUUUCGAUAAAGACGUAAGUGGGGUCAGAACUGGCGAUAAGUCGUGAUAGUGGUCUUGGAUAAGAUAAAUUGGGUGUGACACAGAUACUGGCUUAUUUUUAUGCAUUGAAGGGACCAUUGGCAGCUCCGCCACCCCGACCAUCGAGCUCUAGAUCUUCUAGUAACCUGUCUUCAGGACCCCGACGCUCCCUACCUCGUCCGCCCUCGUCCUGGUCAUCAGGCCUCUAGAGAGCGCACAGAACUCAUCCGAAAAUUAUACGAUGGAUUCAGUAACAUCACUGCACUUAAGGCCUCCAACCGCAGUAGGAAACGUCAAGGAUCGCCGGGUCCAAGCACUAAACGUUUCAAAUAG